AUGGCAUCACACUAUUCAAAAAAGCUUGAUUGUCAAGGUCAUGCUUGCACUAGAUGUGGAUACUGUCGUGAUUGGUAUCAUAAUGACAAUCGGAAUAUCAAUGAACGAAAAUAUCACAAGCGCGAAGAUGCCACAUGCGUUUAUGCUGAUGCUUAUUAUUGUGAUACUCACGUUAAUUGUCGUGAUGGUUGUGAUGUUAAUGCUCCUGGUCAUAGUGGUCAUACUCUUCUUGCUGGUUAUGAGCGGGAUUGCAAUCGUGCUCUUUGUAAUCGUAGUGGUUUUUAUAAUGCUCCUGAUGUUUCUCGUUUAUGUGAAUGUGAAAAGAAAGGAAAGAAAUGA